AUGCAGCUGCAUCUCGUUACGUUUGCCGUAGGGCUUCUAUUCCAGGCUGUGGUCUCUGUUGCAGCUCCUCCAUCAGCACAAGAACUAGCAGCAUUUCUGCGGGGCAAGCGAUCAUUCGAGGAAAGAGAUGGCGUCAAACGAACCAUUUUCGAGCACAGGGCUACGAGCUCAAAGAUGGACUUUGUUGAGAAUUCGGGUGUUUGCGAAACGACGCCUGGAGUGAACCAGUACUCUGGAUAUUUCUCCGUUGGAGGGACCAAAAACAUGUGGUUCUGGUUCUUCGAAUCAAGAAAUGAUCCCAAAAAUGCACCUCUCGCAGUUUGGAUCAAUGGUGGACCUGGCUGCUCUUCCAUGAUUGGGUUGUUCGAGGAGAAUGGACCCUGCCAAUUCUACAAUGGCUCAAGCACUCCAUCACUGAAUCCAUACAGCUGGAAUGAGUACGCCAAUAUGCUCUACAUCGAUCAACCAGUCGGAGUCGGCUUCUCUUAUGAUUCGGCAGCUUCGGCACCAACUGUCGUCUCUGCUCCAUUUGUGUGGACCUUCAUGCAGGCUUUCUAUGCCCAGUUUCCUCAGUACGAGAAUCGUGACUUCGGCCUCUUUACCGAGUCAUAUGGAGGACAUUUUGGACCUGGUAAGUUUUCCCAGCUUUUCCACUUUUCCAAUUCAGCAAUAAAAGCUGGUUCUGUCACUGGGCAAAACAUUGACCUCGUUGCUCUAGGCAUCAACAACGGCUGCUACGAGCGUCUGAUUCUCGAAAAAUCCCAAAUCGAUUAUCUGUACUCCAACAGUUACUACCCUCUAAUCAACGCCUCGACCCACGCCUCACUGCUCCACGUCCUCGAAACGAAUGCCACCGCUCCCCUCGAAAAAUGCGCAAACGGCGGUACAGACGCAGAAUGCGUCUUCGCAAACGUAAACUGCAUCUUGAACGUCGACAAUCCGAUGGGCGAAGCUGCUGAUCCGAACUCCACGCUUGACUGGUAUGACAUCCGGCAACAUGGUAAUAAUACUGUUCCUCCGAGUACGUAUAUCAAUUAUCUGAGUGAUCCUGCCAUCAUGAAGGCCAUUGGGGCACAAAUCAACUAUACUGAAUGUCCGAAUCCGGCCCAUGAUUUAUUUUCCAGUACUGGCGAUCCAGAGGCACGAAGUCAAUUACCUGAGCUUUCGGCAGUUGUUCAAUCUGGCGUACAGACUGUGAUGUUUGCUGGAGACGCAGAUGUGGUAUGUAAUUGGUUUGGUGGUCUUGUAGUGGCCGACUCGCUGGACUGGCAUGGGAAAAAGGAGUUUGGCAGUAAGAAGGUGGAAAACUAUACUGUCGAUGGAGCUGUAGGAGGAACCUUCAAGAAUGUCGAUAAUCUGAGCUGGUUGAGAGUGUUCAAUGCUGGGCAUGAAGUCCCAUACUUCCGUAAGUGGCCCUGGAUCGAAGAGAUGAGAGUAGUGCUAACAGUGCAUGUAGAGCCAGCUUUAGCGUUGCAGGUCUUCAAGCAGACGAUGCAGAAGAAAGCAUUGCGGCACACUUAA